GCGUGUGUUUUGCGCAUGCGCAACGUCGACUGCGUAGAAACCAACAACAAACUAUGGCGGACGAACACCCUGAUGCUGAGCAGAGCAUGGAGGGACACACUCCUGUCCCAGAAAAUCCUCAUGCAGAAUAUGGUCUCACUGAAAACAUCCAGAGAAUAGUGGAGAAUGAGAAAACUGCUGAAAAAGUCGCCAAACAGAAGGUGGAUCCUCAGACCCUGCAGACCCUUCCCACACGAGCGUAUCUGGAUCAGACCGUGGUUCCUAUUCUCCUGCAGGGCUUGUCAGUUCUGGCCAAGGAAAGGCCUCCAAAUCCCAUAGAGUUUUUAGCGGCAUUCUUACUGAAGAACAAGUCCCAGUUUGAGGAACGAAAUUAAACACACAUCAUGCGGCGGAAGACUUAGGAUAACAGUUUUUUUUUGUUUCUUUUGUGUUGUGAAUUUAAAUGUAAUGGUGUCACACUUCAGAUUGUUUGUUUGCCAAGGUUCAUGUAGUUUUUUAAGCUCUAAUAAAAUGUUCAAGCAGCCA